AUGCAGGGUACGAAUUCCGAGCUGCAUGGUGCACCUGCUGUUGCACCGGUUUGGGAUGAACCCCCGGCCAGUUCACCCCUUCCUUCUUUGACAGAUACCAUUCCCGAACCGGCGGUCGUGCCUGUUGACCAGCUAGAUGCGUCACCAUCAUCAUCAUCUCCCUCCGAAGAGUCCCCCCUACAGCUUGAUUGCCUUCCUUCAGAUGAUGGGAUGACUUCGCCUUCCAAGUUUCCCACUCCUCUCGUCACUUUGCCAACUCUAGCGAAGGAGGGCGGUGUGCCACCUUUGCGCAAAAGUAAUCAGAUUCCUCAGCUCUCCAACCGACUUUGA